GUUGCGUGUGCGUAGAAAAAGAUAUAAGAUUCUUGACAAGAAGUUCUUUUCGUGCUGCUUUCUUGCGAAGAUGCUCUACCGACACGGUCUCUGCUUUUUGAAUUCGUAGAUCUUCGUGCAAAAACUCAGAGCCAAUUUGCAACUCAGAGCCAAUUUGUGUUUCGUUCCUUCGUAGUUGAUCCAAAGCUGCAUCUUUGUCGUGGAUAGGGAAAUGAGUCGUUUCUCUCACCCCGUGGUGCAUCGAGCAAGGGCGGAAGACCGAACAUAAUUCUUAAGGUAGUACAAAGGCCCCAUCUCAUUCGUGCAAGAAGCUGAUGCCGUUCUCGUAUUAUUUGUCUGCAGAUGAACUGUACACGAAACGGAAAUAAUAAUAAACAGAAUGACAAGGGGAAUUCUCUAUGUUAUGAAAUCCCACGACCUCUACUUCCAAACAACCAACAGUACCAAAAUUGUAAAAGCGUGUAAGUCAGUGUAUAGGAGAACGAGCCUCUUUUCUACCCAACAACAAAGCAGGCGCUUCCUCACAUAAGUAUUCGCUCCGGAGCGGUCACGACAGCUAUAGACUCGUCCAUAGCUAACAUAUACUUAAAUAAGAGUUGAUCAAUUUUUUACAACUGGAAACGCAGUUUUUUUUUCCGGAGUCGAUAUCGAGUUUCGAUAUUAUCUUCGUAUCCAAUCAUCUACGAACAGAAUGAAGCAAGUCAUUUCUGUGUUGAUGGCGUCCGGAGCGGCCCGCGUUGCCGGAAAGGACGGAAAGGGAGGGGAGAUGCGCCACUGGGUCGGAAAGGAGGACGCCGGCUUUUAUCAGAAAAAGAAUGCAUAAUCAUUCGAACAACAGCCAUACCUUGUAUUGCACUGCUACUUGUAAUGGCCCCCAAGUAGAUACUGAUACUUCUAAGAACCACGCUUGCGCAUCCGCAUCACUGUGUGUUUCCAGUUCUGCCUGACGAAUUAGUAGAAAAUGUAGAUUUACAAAUUGAUAGAUAAAUGUAAGUAGAAAGUCAAAUCUCUGUGGCCCCCACGGCCAGCGUCGCGCGCUUGACUCUGCAUCUUGCAUCGCCCACGACGACGAAAUGGUAUGGUGCCAAUUAUUAUGCAGUGUCUCACAGAAUAGCCUUCUGGAGGUGCAGCACAGCAACGUGAUCGUGCGGCCGCGCGGAUCAUUCCCAGAGGGGUGCGAUCUGACCCACAUUACCGACAAGUAUCCGGACCCCCGCAAAGAGACGUACCAUCAAGGCAUCAGUUGCCAUUCCGCUGGCUCUCUCUGCUUUGCAGACACCCAGUGGUGUGCCCCUGAGGGGUGCCAGUGGUGCUCGGAUACGCCAGCGCCGAAGGAAGGGGAAAGCAUGAAAAUGUGCAACUGGGGUUGCAACCACAAACGAAAAAACGGCUGUCCGACCCCGGGCGCGGAUGCGUGGCACUGUACGGAGAGGGCAGAAUCAAAAGCCCGGCGGUGAAACUUCUGUUUCAACUCGGAGAUGAAGGCGAGUCGAUAUUUUUAUGGGAGCGUCAGUUUCUUGGAAAUCGGCAAAAUGGAAAUAAUAUAUAAAAAUUAGUCAUGCUGGAUUUGGAUAAAAUUGAUUGAUACAUAGUACUACACUAGUAGUCGGCCGUAUCCACAGUUUCUCAUCGCAGUCUAACAAAUUUAUUCUGGUGACAUUGAGAAGCAAAUCACAAUCAGUCAUGCUGUGCAGCGCAAAGUAGCUCACUUCUGCCCUGCUAGCCAGCAGCGCAAUGCUCGACCCUUCAGGGACCGCUCUCCUCCUCCUCCUCCUGUUUACUUCUCCAAUAAUAUACUGGCUUUUUGCGUCGCGCUUCAUGCGUAGCAAAUUAUUUACAUUUGUUGAUUUCCAAAAGGACGCCUCCAUAUCACAUCGAAGCUCCGUACAACAUGAAUUCGAGCAGCGCCGACAGCAGAACCUGUAUGAAUUCGCACGUCUAGGAGCUCUGCGAAGAGCAAUUGCGCACGAGCCAGCAGUUUUACGUACUUAGAAUACAAGAAGGAAAUAAAUAUGUUUGGCAUCAGUAAUUUGCAAAUAAUCCACAAAAAAAAUAAAAGCAACCACAAUAAGUAUUUAUUUACGUCCAGAGUUCCGUGAUGAUCAGGGAUUACCAGCCUUCACAUUCAUAAAAGCAUAAUUACGUGCCGAUAUAGCCUGCCUAUACUUACUUGUUUCAGAUAAUAUAAGUCCCCAUGACUUUGCUUCGCCUUUUCCUUUUUUUGUUUGGCUACUAUACGUAGACUUACUUUCUUUUUCAUUUUUCUCCAACCGAAACAAAGUAAACUAAACCGUAUUUAUACACAGCCUGCCUAGACGCAGAAGGCACAGCCUGCCCAGCUGCGGAAGCCCUUGCGACAAGAAGUAGAGGGAGAGAAGAAGCCACGACCUGCAACUUUGACUCGUCCUCUAUGUUGUUACUGGUUCUCUAGAACAUGGGAGGGGGGUCGCUAAGUACCUGUCUAAUAUUCUGCGCAAGAUUCAGAAAAUGGGCACUCAUAUCAUUAGCAUCAUUUUUUUCGGAUUUUCAUUUCUGGAUUUUAGAAGUACAUUCAUAAGAAUACAAUUUCAACAUUACCAAAGCCAUCCGUUUCUCAGUCCACCUCCGAUGUAGUUUGAUUUUGAUUUAGUCUGUCUCCACCGUUUCACAACAGCAAAAAAAUAAUGGUUGCCAGUUCUAUUUUCCCGUUCUCCCAAAUCGUUGCAAGAAGAUCGAGCUACAGCUAAUGCAUAGCACUCGUACAUAUCAUUAUCAAGAACAAAAACGCAAAUCACUUUCUUUCAACGCCUACCCAAAUUCGAAAUUGCAGCUUCGUCGCAUUGCAAGGUCAACGUGUUGCUUUGUAGGAUACUAGAGAUCAUUACCACGUACGUGGUCGCAGAAGCUUCAUCUAUCUUGUUUCAGAACAACAAGCGCCCUCCUGUAUAUAAUGGAUUGCUACAUCAUUGCACGGACUACAAAUCACAUCGAAGAUCAUGUUGAUGACUUUUCCUUUUGCGACUAAGAAGUGCAAAGUGUAGAGCAUAAAUGUUGUAGAAAGAACGGGACAGUGGAAGCAUGAUAUCCACCGCCAAGCUCCUCCUCGCCGUCAGCACGAGAAUCCUCUAGUAUCUUGCACUUACCUUAUCCAGGUUGCAACUAGAUCUUUGCAAACCCAAAACCACAAAAAA